AAUGCUUCAAGGUAGAAUGGAUGAUAAUCAAUGGAUUAAUGAUGAUCACAUGGAUUAGGUAUUAAUAUAUGUUAAAUAAAAGCCUGAAGAUGUUGGAUUUGACAAGGAAGAAAUAGCAAGAGUGGAAUUAUUUGUUAAUAAACCAUUUGAUAUUCCCAAUUUUCCAAAGAAUGAAUAAAUAAAGUAGGCAGGAAUAUCAUCACAUAUGUUUGUAAUAAUAACAAGAUAAAAUAACAUAUAUCGAUGGAGACCAGAAAAAGAUGAUCAUUGUGUGUAAAUGGAAUUACCAGAAGUACAAUAAAGUGGUUUGACAGGAAAAUUAUUAGGAGGAAAGAGAAAUGAAAGAAAAGAUAUUAUAUUAGAGAGAUUAUUUUUAUAUGGACCACAUGCUUUGAUAGUUUCAGACAAUGGGGAAAGUUUUUACAUAAAUGUUAGAUCAGAUAAGAUUAGAUCAAUGGAAUAAUUAAAAGGAAAAUAGAUUAAAUGUAUUGGUUGGGAUGAUUAAUGUGAUGAAACUGACACUCAUGAAAUAUUGUUAGCAACAAAAGAUUCUAAAAUCUAUAUAUAUAGAAUUGAUUGUAGAUAAGGAGAUGUAAGAGAAGAAGAAGCAAAAUUAAUGGUCACAAUUCCAAAUGAAAGAUAAAUCAAUUAAAUAGAAUAAUUUACAGUAAUGUAUGAUAAUAAUAAAUAUGCUUGUGUUGUUGUUUCAACUAACUUUAGUUUAUUCUUCUUUUAUGGAUUGAAUAGUCUUAGCAUUUUAUUUACUAAAUAUAAAGAUCCUUAAAGUGUUGCUAGAGCAGAAUCAUAACCAUCUCGUUAUCAUACUAGUUUAUUAGCUGUAUCUUAGAGAAAAAAUUCAUUUCUAUUUACAAAUGGGAAAUCAUUAAAUUUAUUCACUCUUCCUGAAAAGGAUUUGAAUGAAUCAAUAUUGUAAUAAGCAAAAUAAUUAAAAACAGUUAAUAAUUAUUCAGAAAUGCCAGUCUAAAUAGGAUUAACAGAAUUUCAUUAUUUUAUUUUAAGUGCUGAUUCUUUGACUAUUUUUAGUAAAAUAACUUAAUAAGAAGUAUAAAAAUAUGAACUUAGAGGUAUGGGUAGAAUAAUGGGUAUGUAAUAUGAAAGAGAUGGCAAAGUAUUUUGGAUUUAUUCUGAAAGGACAUUUUGUAAAAUAGAAACUGAAGAUGAAGAUAAGGAAGCAUGGAAAUUAUUAAUGGAUUAAAAAAUGUAUAUAGAAGCUUAUGAAAUAUCAAAUAAGUAUAAUUCAGAAUAUACUAAAUAUAUUGCUGGUUUAUGUGGAGAUUAAUUAUUCUAAUAAAAAAGAUAUAAUGAAGCUGCAUCUUAUUACUAAAAGUCUUCAAAAAAUUUUGAAGAGAUUUUCUUGAAAUUUUUGAAUUGUGAUGAUAUGAAAGCAAGAAUUGGAUUAGAAUAGUAUUUAAAACAUUUAAUUAAUAAUUUGAAAGGAGAAACUGAAAGGACACUUGUAUUGGGAUGGCUUGCAGAAUUAUUAAUUUAUAGAUUAAAUGAAUAAGAAAAGUUAAUACAUGAAAAUAGAAAUUAUGAGAAUGAUGCAUAAAGAGAUAAAGAUAUCAAAGAAAAGAAAUAAUAAUUAAACUAAUUAAAUGAAGAUUUAGAUAAUUUUCUGAAAACUUAUAAAUUAGAAUUAGAUUAAAAUUUAGUAUAUUAAAUUAUGGUAAGUCAUGGUAGAUUAUAAAAUUGUGUUGAAUAUGCUAAAUUGAAUAAUAAUUAUGAAAUGAUCAUUUAACAUUAUAUUAAUGAAGAAAAUUAUAAAGAAGCUAUUAAAAAUUUGAAUAAUGUUAAAGAAAAGAGUUCUAUGGAAAUCAUAUAAAAAUAUUCAUUUAUUCUUAUGAAACAUGAACCAGAAUAAACAUUAGAUAUUUUAUAAAAGAAUAUAAAGAAAUUUGAUUAAACCAAAAUUAUUGGUGGUCUUAUGAAUAUUCCAGUAGAAAAAAGAGAAUUUGGAAUAAGAUUCUUAGAACAUUCAAUAACUAAAUUAGAUUGUGCUGAUAAAAGUAUUCAUAAUAUUUUAAUAUUCUUUUUAACUUAACCAUUAUAGAAAGAAAAACUUAAUUAUUAUUUAUAAGAAUAAGAAGCUAUAUUAAAAAAGACAGAGAAGGUUAAUUUUGAUUUAGAUUUUGCAUUAAGACUAUUCAAAUAAGCAAGUUGUAUAGAUGCUUAAAUCACUAUUUAUGGAAUGAUGUCUCUUUAUACUGAAUCAGUUACUUUAGCUUUAGAUUAUGGAAUGAUUGAAAAAGCUAAAGAAUAUGCUUAAAAACCAGAAGAUGAUGAUGAGAAAAAGAAGAAAUUAUGGAUGAUGAUUGCUGAAAGAUUAUUAUCUUAAAAUUAAGAUAUUGAUAAGGUUAUUGAACUUACAAAAAAUAGUUAGUAAAUUAAAAUUGAAGAUCUUUUACCUCAUUUUAAUGAAAAUAUCAAAAUUGAACAAUUCAAAGAUGAAAUUUGUAAUUCUCUUAAGAAAUAUAAUGAAGAAAUUGAAAAAUUAAAAGAUGAAAUGAAAAAGUUAUCAGCUAAUUCAGAUUAAUUAAAAAAUGAAUUAAAAAUGACAAAAAAUAAAUUUUUAAUUAUUGAUACAUAAUAAAAAUGUGAUCAUUGUGCUAAAUAAUUAUUUAAUGAUACAUUUUAUAUUUUCCCAUGUAAUCAUGGAUUUCAUAAAGUAAACUUAUCCGAUAUAAAUAGGAUUGUAUAGUUACAAAGAUUAAAUCAUUGCCUCAACAUCAAGCUAAUAUUCCAUAGAUAGAAACAUAUGAUAUGACAAUGUAAUCUAUCUUAGUCAAAUCUAAUCCUAGUCAAAAUACUAAUAAAAAAUAAUAAGGUAAUAAAUAAGUAUAUUUUUCUAAUUAGAUGGUUAAUCUUUCUUUUAAAUAAUGAACAUAUUUGGAGGUGCCAAAUAAGAAUAGAGACCANAAUUAGAUUAAAAUUUAGUAUAUUAAAUUAUGGUAAGUCAUGGUAGAUUAUAAAAUUGUGUUGAAUAUGCUAAAUUGAAUAAUAAUUAUGAAAUGAUCAUUUAACAUUAUAUUAAUGAAGAAAAUUAUAAAGAAGCUAUUAAAAAUUUGAAUAAUGUUAAAGAAAAGAGUUCUAUGGAAAUCAUAUAAAAAUAUUCAUUUAUUCUUAUGAAACAUGAACCAGAAUAAACAUUAGAUAUUUUAUAAAAGAAUAUAAAGAAAUUUGAUUAAACCAAAAUUAUUGGUGGUCUUAUGAAUAUUCCAGUAGAAAAAAGAGAAUUUGGAAUAAGAUUCUUAGAACAUUCAAUAACUAAAUUAGAUUGUGCUGAUAAAAGUAUUCAUAAUAUUUUAAUAUUCUUUUUAACUUAACCAUUAUAGAAAGAAAAACUUAAUUAUUAUUUAUAAGAAUAAGAAGCUAUAUUAAAAAAGACAGAGAAGGUUAAUUUUGAUUUAGAUUUUGCAUUAAGACUAUUCAAAUAAGCAAGUUGUAUAGAUGCUUAAAUCACUAUUUAUGGAAUGAUGUCUCUUUAUACUGAAUCAGUUACUUUAGCUUUAGAUUAUGGAAUGAUUGAAAAAGCUAAAGAAUAUGCUUAAAAACCAGAAGAUGAUGAUGAGAAAAAGAAGAAAUUAUGGAUGAUGAUUGCUGAAAGAUUAUUAUCUUAAAAUUAAGAUAUUGAUAAGGUUAUUGAACUUACAAAAAAUAGUUAGUAAAUUAAAAUUGAAGAUCUUUUACCUCAUUUUAAUGAAAAUAUCAAAAUUGAACAAUUCAAAGAUGAAAUUUGUAAUUCUCUUAAGAAAUAUAAUGAAGAAAUUGAAAAAUUAAAAGAUGAAAUGAAAAAGUUAUCAGCUAAUUCAGAUUAAUUAAAAAAUGAAUUAAAAAUGACAAAAAAUAAAUUUUUAAUUAUUGAUACAUAAUAAAAAUGUGAUCAUUGUGCUAAAUAAUUAUUUAAUGAUACAUUUUAUAUUUUCCCAUGUAAUCAUGGAUUUCAUAAAGUAAACUUAUCCGAUAUAAAUAGGAUUGUAUAGUUACAAAGAUUAAAUCAUUGCCUCAACAUCAAGCUAAUAUUCCAUAGAUAGAAACAUAUGAUAUGACAAUGUAAUCUAUCUUAGUCAAAUCUAAUCCUAGUCAAAAUACUAAUAAAAAAUAAUAAGGUAAUAAAUAAGUAUAUUUUUCUAAUUAGAUGGUUAAUCUUUCUUUUAAAUAAUGAACAUAUUUGGAGGUGCCAAAUAAGAAUAGAGACCAUAAUCUACAUUAACUCCAGAUGAAGAGAAAUUAUUGAGAGAAACUAAAGAAAAGUUUGAUAAAAUUGUUGCUAGUGAAUGUAUAUUUUGUGGACCUAAAGUUGUUGAUUCUAUUCAAUUUGGAUUUGAAUUGGAUGCAAGAGAAAAAGAUACAUGGAGUAUUUGA